AUGGGACGCACAGUUAUUGCCUUCGAUCUCUACGGGACUAUUCUCUCCACCGGAUCAAUCUCAGCAGAGUUGGCAAAAUUAUACGGCGAAGAUAAAGCCCAGUUGAUUGCCCCGCUCGCAAGACGAUACCAGCUUGAGUCUACAUGGCGUGCCAAUAGCAUGGGUGUCUAUCGCUCAUUCAGCGACCUCACGAGAUGGUCGUUCCGUCAAGCUACCAAAGAAGUUGGCGUUGAGCUCACCACUGAGCAGGAAGAGCGUAUCAUGGAUGCAUACAAUGGCCUCGAUACAUUCCCAGAUGUCGACGAGGCAUUGAAGAGGCUGGGAGAAAGCCCAUCCAUUGACCCGUACAUCUUCUCCAACGGCACCAUGGCCAUGAUGACCUCAUCACUCGAGACAUCACCGUCCUUGUCACAAGCGAGCAAAGUAUUUCCCCACGAGAAGCUGGUCAGCAUCGACUCCCUCAAGGUAUUCAAACCAGAUCCCCGUACGUACAAGCAUAUGGCCAAGACGGCGGGACUGGAAUCGCAGCUUGACAAACUCUGGCUGGUGAGUUGCAACCCGUUCGACGUGGUGGGUGCAACGGCUCUUGGGCUCAAGAGCGCAUGGAUUGAUCGUGAGAAAAAAGGCUGGAGCGAUACUCUGGGGUGUUCGUUGGGUUUGGAACCAACAGUUACGGCUGCUACUGUGGAUGAAGCUGUGGGGACGAUUUUGAGCCAGGCUGGGGAUGAUGAUUAG